AUGUACUUUUCGCUCGGAAUUGCACUCCUUCUCCUCGCGCUCUCUGGUGUUAAAAACAACUUACAUGAGCUGGAUAAACGCAAGGUCGUCAACAUGCUCAACAAGGCCAGACUUGAAUUCGCAAAAAAAGAACAAAUAGCAAACAUGCAUGAGGUGACAUGGGACCAUUCUCUGGAGAGUAAAAUCAAAAAGAUGUCUUGCGACGAGUUGGAGUCUCCCGGUCCCGACUAUGUUGUCAUGCCCUUUAUUCAAAUUCCGACAGAGGGAGAUUUCAUGAAAGCGCCAUCGUUCCAUCCGCUCCAAACUAAGGUUGCAUGCCGGAUUUCAUUCAUGGAUCCCCUGGAAGUGUAUCGGUGGUACUGGUAG